ACGACACAGAUCAAAUCCACGCCAGCGUCGGCCCUGAUCAAAACCUCUGCGAUGGAUAAAUGCCAUCAAGGUCGUAUCAUGUAAGACAUUGUCGCUGACAGUUGACGUAGACGCUCACAUAUCUAGCCUGUUGAAAGAGCACGCUACUCCUGAGGAACGAGCAGCGCUUUUAUUCCUUCUGUCGAUGUGUCUGCGACUGCAGAACGAAGACCAUGCGUACAUACAAGCGUUUAUGGAGAGACACUUGACUCGAAGGAAUAAUCUCUCUUGGCCAUCGCAGCUGCAGAGAAUGUCACCGCCACAGAUGAGCUCAUCUAAACAACAGAUCUACAAGCGAGUGACACUUUCCUCACACAUGACAUAUCUGAAACUAGCCACCAAAAGUAUAACAGGAACCAGCAAUUCAGAUCUUGACCAGGACACUCUAUUCAAAUAUCAGGGAACGGCCGCCGAGGAAAUUGGCCAUGUAAGCAUAGUGAAGAUGACGACCUCAGUCCUAUUGACUAUUGCACUUCCUGACGCUUCCAUCACGAACCAAGAAGAGCUUGACCUGCUAAAGCUACCCCAAGGUUUUUGGACAGUAAUGGUAGUAAAUUGCCAUGAACGGCUCGCCAGGGAUAUGGAGCGCGAGCCAACCUUGCAUCUUACACCGGUCGCUCAGUUUCUUCGCGGUCUUACUUACUCGCUCCGGACACUAAAUCUGAAUGCAGAGGCCAUCUACGAUCAGUUGAAAGAGCGAUUGCAAACGUCGGAUGACGAGAGCCUCUUCGAUGACGAGAACUUUACAAAAUCAAACGUAUACCAUUGGACGGUGAAGACGUGCCACGAGCUCAGAGAGUCACUGAUGGCAAGUCAGCGGUAUGUAAGACGGACAUUUGACAAGGACAUUACGAGGCUUUGCGAAAAGGACGCCCAUGAAUCAGAACGCCAUGGCUUGGUGCAUUGGAGAACCGAGCACGAUGCUGAAAUGAACACGCUUGAGGAUCUCGUCUCACAGAUAGCGGCGCUCAACGCUUCAGUACAGGAAAGCCGCAAUGCCCUUCACGGAGUAACUGCUGUGCUCGAAACACGAGUGGCUCUACAACAGGGUGAACGUAUUAAGACUCUCGCCUAUCUCGCGACAAUAUAUCUCCCGUUGACAGCUACUUCGUCGCUGUACAGCAUGUCUGUCCUGCCCAGCUCAGCGACCUUCUGGUCCUUCUUCGUCGUCCUCGUUGCAUUCCUAUUAGGCACCGCGUUUACAGCUCUCUCUCUAAAGCCAGUUGUAGCCGGUUUUCGGGCCAAGGUGUAUAUUGAUAUUCCUAAGAUCCAGCAGGCUCCUGCUACUCUGCAAAGGCUCAACCCACGAAGGCUCAAGCCGCAAUGGCUUACACUCGUCCUCGGCGGUACGCGCACACUCUAUGACAAGUCGGGGCUUCGAGAUUACCUCCGUUACUACGCCGACGUGAUCCGACCAGAACGCGAUGGGCAUUUCAGAUGGGCACAUGUUUUCAUCGGCCUUUCUGGCGUCGACGGCUUCUGCGACACGAUUAUAUUUCUGGUCUUCAGACUGCCGUUUCUUUUGAUGCGCAUAUGGCCUGAAGCCCUCGUGCGGGAAGCGCUGACGAGAGAGAUCAUGUUUCUGAGGGACCAGUAUUACCUCCGUACACAGCUCGAACGCAACAUGCCGGGCCUGUGGUGGUCGCCCCUAGCCUUGGUAAGGGAUGUCUUCCGGGUGGUCUUCGUGCCGGUCUGGGUCGUUUUUAUUAUCGCAAUUGUCGGGUUGCUCGUUCUGGAGGACAUUUUAGUGGGCAUCUUGAAGGUCUUUGUAUUGGCCCCCUUUGCUUUGUGUCGAAGACAGAGGGCCUAGUCGGAGGAAGCCGAAGAUAUUCUAUCAAUGGAGAAUGCAUUCACAUGGC